AUGAGGAGCAAUAAGAAAAAGGACAAAGAUGAAGCCCUAAAAGAUCCAUGGCCCUCAGUCCUCCUCCUGCCCCUCAGUCCUCCUCCUGCCCCACAGUCCUCCUCCUGCCACUCAGUCCUCAUCCUGCCACUCAGUCCUCCUCCUGCCACUCAGUCCUCCUCCUGCCACUCAGUCCUCCUCCUGCCACUCAGUCCUCCUCCUGCCACUCAGUCCUCCUCCUGCCACUCAGUCCUCCUCCUGCCCCUCAGUCCUCCUCCUGCCCCUCAGUCCUCCUCCUGCCACUCAGUCCUCCUCCUGCCCCUCAGCGCUGUGUCACUGCCGCUGCGGUUGCUGCUCGGCGUCAACCCUCCGCUGAUCUCCGCUAGACAGCGCAACGGUCUUCGCACGUGCACGUAG